UCCUACAACAGUGUAGUGACCAAUGGUGUCUCCAAAGACACACACGAUUCCUCACACCAACCUGAUGCUGCAUCUUCAUCGCCAGAUGGCGACAGCAGCAACAAUGAACAAGUUGGUGGGCUGGUGGCGCCACCUAGCCCCGUUAAACCACCGGGCCUAGAUGACAGUGAUCAGAUCAUUGUGACAGUGCACCCAGCUAAAACCAACGGUGUGGAAUCUGAUAACUCUAUACAUCUGGACAGCAGUCCUGAAGCUCAGUCACAGUUGGAUCAAAUGUGGCAGCAGCUUGAGGCGGCCAUGGUUCAAAGCCAGGACCGUGUCCGUGGACAGCUCCAAGAAUUCGGAAUCGGGGACGGGGAAGAGGAUUCCGAGUCAGAAGAGGGUCAAAUGUGGAGAAUGGUUCAGGGAGAUUCUCCCUAUACUAUACAGCUAGUGUGAUCCUAAGGUCCCAACACCCUCUUUGACAUGGAAUAUUCACUUCUCAAAUGGCUUCGAAAAAUAUGGAUUCCUUUACACCAUUUGGAACACAUAAUAAGUGGGACUGCAGCUAGUGAGCCGGAAAUGUCUACUGGUUACAAAGUCCCAGAGUCCCUAAGGGUCUGACUUCUACAAAUCACAUCCAGGUCAACCAGCAGUUCAAAUUCAGAGCCUUUAAUUCUUUCGUGAUUGGCCAAGUUAAAAGAAUAUGAAUAGGUAAUACAAAGGGUAGAAUGUUUGUUACCAGAUUAAGUAUAAUAGUGUUGUGUAAACCUUGAAUUGCAAAACAGUCGAUCACUUUAUAUAUUUAUUUAUUCCUAAAAUCAAAGUAUUCCAAAUAUUUGCAAUUUUUAAUGCAUCCAAGUGUUAUUUAUUUCUGAUUUAACUGUUAUAAACAUCUACUGUCAGCUGGUCUGAUAAAAUGUCAACUACUAAAUUAACCAUAUCACUAUUCAGAAUUUGGUCGUGAAUGAUAUUGCAUUUCCACAUGUGAAUCAAUCAACAAUGUUAUACAUACCAUAUGCUUGCCACACUUUCUCUUUGGUACAUAAGAUGAUGGAAAAUAGAUUUUAAAUUGCAACUCAAGGGGCACAACUCGUUAAAUAAGGCAUCUAUCUAAGUGUUGAUCUACAGUAGUAACUAGUGUUAUUGGUGGGAAAUAUCCUGGAAUUUUGAUGCGACUGAAUUGAUCAUGAUCUAUGCCUAAAACUUGAUGAUAAAAGUAUAUAUCUGUACAGGUAUUCUAAUUCAAGAUUUCUUCUAAAGAGUCAAUGAAGUUUGAAAAAAAAAAUGUAAAGGUCUCAUGGAAAAAGAAUUUCAAUCCAUUUAAAAUAACAAAGUUCAGUUGAAGAUAUUUUACAUCGAUAUUUCAUUGGAUAUGUCAAUCAAAAGUUCAGGAUAUUACAGUUAAAAGAAGACUUCCUUGCUCUCUGUAAGGAUAGGUUAGUGAUGCCAGAACACCCUAUCUCUUUCCUCUGGUGUUUGCCUUGGUUUAUAUGUUUACAAGGGAAGCAUCAACCGGGGAUGAAGAGAAUCCCCCGUCAACAUGCAAGGGGGAUAACCCAUCAUUGGGGAAUAUAUAACCCUUUUGUGUCAGUUGGAAUGGUUUAAUUUAUACUUCAACUCUGGGAGGAGAGAGAGAGUUGGGGAUGAACUUCGUUUCUUAGUUUAAAGCUCUGAAUUUGUAAGAAAAAUAUUCGAACGAAGCAAUGCUGGUGAUAUAAAUAAAUAACAUCAUAUCAAACUUCGCAUAGGUUAGACAAUUUAUUAUGAUUGGUUCAUGGAUAUAAUUUCUUUACAAAAAAAUAUAAUCGUACAAUGAUAUAUUUCAAUAUUGAUCAUAAUGAGAUUAAAUCUGGAAACUGUUCAGUAGAAGUGCUACAAGGUGUUCACACCGUAACGGCUGCCACAUUAGAUCUGCUGUGAAAUACAAGUAUAAACCGAUUGUGAUAAACGUUAACGCUUUAGUGAAUUUAAUUGUUAAAAGCCUGUCCAGCAAUAGUUGUAGUAAUGUGUUUAAAUGCUCUGAAUGUGCAAGUGUAAAUGUGAUGAUAUGUAAAAUGCGUUUAGAACAAAUUAGAAUAUGUAUCUUGCAUCAUAUGCAUAUGUUAAGAUAAGUUACUAUUAUUACUAAAAAUGUAUUUAUAUUAAUUAUGUGUAUACUGCAUUUAUGAAUUAGAUGAUUAACUUGAAACAGUUAGCGCCUGAGUUUGUAUAUUGGAGCUGCAGUGAAACUAGCCCACAUAUUAUACAUUGUGUCAUUAUUGUUGGACGUGUAAAGUCAUUUUUCAGGCAUUAACAUUACUUGGUCGAUCUUUCAUCUAGUCCAACUCUUUGCCCAAUCUUAUGUGCCAGUGACACUGCGUGGUUGCUAGUAUUUUAAGUUCAGAAUCCGUAAAAUUUUGGAGGCUUCUGUGUUCUCUAUUAAUAUUAAAAUAAUAUUUUUUACAAUGCCAGUGCUUGUUUUUUUCCAAUGAAACAUAAGUGUUCUACAAGUAAAAUCUUUUUUUUAUAUUUGUUUAUACAUGUGGGUACCAGUGUUGUGAAAUUAAAGGAAAAAAAAGGAAAGUCUUUUACACUUUUGCACUGCAUAUUUUAUGUUGUUAUCAAAUUGAUGUUAUUCAAACGAAUGCAAUUUAUUUUCUUCAAUUUUGCACAUGCCAAUUAUUGAUAUAGGCGAAUUGUCAAGGUUUAGAAGACAGAAUAGAAAUAGGAUUGUGCACAGAGGCAGUGUUGUGCACUGGAAACGUGAUAAAUGAUAUGUAAAUAGCUUUGUGAAAUAAAGCUACACAUGUGAUAUGCUAAGUUAAAUCUUCAUUCCAUUGUCAACGCUUUGCCUGUCCACUUUAAUAUCCAAACAAAUAUAAAAAACCCAAAAAUAUAUGCUAAAUAUGAAAUGUCUUGCAUGUUUUCUCAAGUUAAAGCAAGAUUUUAAGAAUUUGUAAAUAAAUUGAGGUAUAAAUUGAUUGUAGUCUGUUUUUCUCAAACAAAUUGAUAACAUUUUCAUUACCUCAAAGAUUUAGUGUGUGAAAUGAUAAAAAAAACAUUUGUGUAUAUUCCAUGUCCUCAAAGCAUUCAUUUUGAGAGACUUAAUUUAACUAGAUUAUUAUGACCUAACUUAAUGUCUAAUCACCUCAUUUUACACAAGAUUCAAGUUAUUCUCACUCUCCCAUACUUCACAUCAUCUAUUGUGCAAAUCUGUCAAAUAAAAAGAUCAAAGAAAAUGAUUGAUGAUAAAUAACAUGCAUCAAAAUUGAAUAUGUAAACAUUUGUUUUAAAAUUCUCACCAUUAUUUAUUACAUCUUUGUGAAUGAUCUGAUAAAAGAGAUGACUUGUUCUAAGUGACGUGUUAGGAUUGAGAAGGUGAUUAAAUAGAUUACGUAUGUAUUUUUAACAAUUUCCCGAGUUGAAGAACACCGUCUUUCAUGGAACGUAAUAUUUUGUUGUGACCUAAGCUAUAACUAUGAUGCUGGUGCUUUAUUUCUAUAGAGUUGUCUACCUUUCUUACUCUUUGAAAUAAAAUGAUCAUCAUUAAAUUAUUGUCUUACUGAAAAUUUAGAUAAUUCUUGUAUUGGAAACCAACAUUUUGGGCAUGAUUAUUUAAAAAUAAAUAUUCCUUAAGUAAUUGCAUGAUUUAUUCAAUGCUUUUUUCGUCAUAAACAUGCUGUGUUCUAAUAAUUGAUGUUGAGACCAAAAAAUAGCCUUACUUACUGCUAUAAUUAUAAAUUUGUAAGAAGAUUUGAAGAUUUGUUUAUUCGAAAAUGAGAAAUCUGUCAUCCAAAUUUUGUGUCCAUCAUAUUUUUUCUUCUUUUUUUUGUGUGGGUGAAAAAUUACAUUGCAUUUUACAAUUGAUAAUGAAAAUAAACUUAAAACAUUUUGCCCAUACAUAUUAUUCUGUCAUGAAAUUAUUUACUGUUUCUGUAUUACACAAUGUAUGGUAACUGGCUGUACCAUUAUUGGUGUUUAUAACUUACCAGAGUCCCCAUGGAUGAUGUUUGUGAAGAUAAACAUUACAGCUGGUAGGUACCUGGCUAUUUGGCAAAGCGUCAGUUGUCCAAAUGUUUUAAUACUGUCGAUAAUACCGAUAUGAAAUAAACAUAUUGAAAACAUGA